UCCUGGAGUUACUCUAAUCAUCUGCUCUAUAUGUGAAGCUGUCCUGAGCUGUCCUGAUGAAUGCUGUAGGUCUUACCAUGAUGUAACACCGUUCACUCAUUCAGCCCACAGGAGAGCGUCUGCCCGGGCCAGCAGGACUGCCGGCCUGCUGAACAUGGGGCAAACACAGCCAACGGAGCAGAAUGAGCAGGAGAUCGAGGUGAAAGCUCUUCAGGAUAUGUACAAAAAGUUUUUGACGGAAUGUCCAAGUGGUGUUCUGUUUCUUCACGAGUUCAAGCGUUUUUUUGGCGUGGACCCCACGGGGGAAGUUUCAGAGUACGCGGAGAGCAUGUUCAGAGCUUUCGACAAGAACGGGGAUAACACCAUUGAUUUCCUGGAAUUUGUGGCUGCGUUGAAUCUAGUUUUUCGUGGGGACUUGGAACACAAACUACGCUGGUCGUUUAAGGUUUAUGAUAAAGAUGGAAACGGUUAUGUGGACAGAAAGGAACUGCGGUCGAUCAUUGAUAGCAUCUACCGGAUCAAGAAGACCUCGAUGAUGAACCAGGGGGAGCAGCAGCUGAGCGUGGAGGAGGUGUGUGAGCGGAUCCUGAGGAGCGUGGACGUGGAUGGAGAUGGUCACAUAACUCUGGAGGAGUUCAUAGCGGGCGCACAGCAGGAACCCUGGAUCCUGAACAUGCUGAAGCUGGACAUGAACCCGUACGGCUGGGUACUGGAGCAGAGGAGGAAGAGCGCCUUCUUCUGACCUCUGACCCCAGGCCUUCUUCUGACCUCUGACCCCAGCACCUCGCUCAAGGCCUCGCUGCACACAGUGCCUUUCUAAAGUAUUCUGAUCAAUAUCAAUAUCAAUCAAUAUAUAUUUAUUUGUCAUAGAAAUUCUGUUUAGAGCAUUCAAACACUGCAUA